GUGAAAGUGGUAUCACGGAGUGCACGAGGUCUGGCCAUGGAGUAUGUGGGUGCGGGAAGUGGUACGAGUAGGUCAGUGUUAGAACAAGCUGAGGAUUAUGUUAAGAUGGCUGAAUACUUUCCGUAUUUCUUUAGAGCGCCGGAGAUUAUUUUCGAGUUUUUAAAUGGGGUACCGGAUCUUUUAGCGAAACGAAUUGAAGCGAUGGGCAUUAGGAUAGCUGGCGAACGGAUAGCAAUGAAUGAGCUGAUUGAAUUGCCUGAGGAUUGGGACGAAUCGGAGGAGGACUCUUUGAGUUGCGAUUGCAGUCGAAUUGAUCANUCGAGUGAUCAGAAUGAAUUCGGUGGUGUUUUGAAGUCGGAGAUUGUUCGCUCGAGAGCGGCGAAUUCAGGUGAUCUGGGAAAGUUACCCGACGCAAAUGAGACGGUCGUAUCUAGGAGGAAGUUGAGUAAAGAAGCGGGUGAUGAAUACGGGCAGGAAAUGGGAAUGGGAAGAGAUUGUGGUGAGCGACGGGAAGAUGGCAAAAAUCGGGAAUCUGGAAUUGAGGUGGGAGAUCGAGAAGAGAGUGGGAAACUGGUUAUGGGGGAAGAUUGUAAAGUGGAGGGCAGGGAAGAGGGAAGGCAAAGGGAGGUGUUUGUGUUUGAUACGGUGAAUCUGGACGUGACGGCAGUGUUCGUGUUGAUAUCGUCGUUGACUCAUCCGGGCGGGUGUCAAUUUCAGUUCAACAGCACGCUCUUGAAUGCCCAGGCGCAGUUGGAGAGGAGGAAACCGGCGUUGGCACCGUUGUUAAAGGCCAUUAAAGGUGAGUCGAUUGAUGGAUUGAUUUGA